AAUUUGAAGAUGAAGAUUUCUACCGCCGAAGCAAAUCAACAUUCACAUACUGCAAACAGCAACAAUUCAGCAAACUUUCUUUGAUUUUCAAUAGCAGAGAGUUACAAAGAUACAGAAGAUUAAUUCAAAGAUUGCAAAGAAAUGGCAGAGGAGCAGCAGAUGAAGCCGAGGCGGCCAGAAGUUCCGAGCAUCCAUUACCUCACCACAGAGGAAUUAGUGAGAAAAACCAGUUUGGUGACGGGAAUUACAGAGCCCUGUGAAGUUCCUGUCUCCGAUAUGGCCGUCUCGGGCUUUGGAAAGGGCAUGCGCUCUUACCACAAAAAAGCCCCUUCCUCACUUUUACAAGAAGCGCCCAACAUUAGAGCCGACGGAUAUGUUGCCACUGAUGUCAGAGACGAUGGAGGCGCUGCCGUCUCUGAUCCUUCAAAGGGUGUUUAUCAGGUGCCGCAUACCAGGGAAGCCAUUUUAAUUGGGAUGAUGCCUGCUCCGGGUACUGGUGUUGAAGGCAAUGCUGUUCUUGCUGGAUUUAAGCCCGCAGAUGGUGCUAAAGAUCGCCCCGGUAAACUGGAACCUACAGCUGCAGAUGAGAGCAGACAGAGCUCCAUGAUUCAAAAUGCCCAGGGAUACACCACCUCUCCACCUUAUGAAAUUCAAAACGAAGAGCUGACUGCAGCGAGGACUACUAGGAACGAUUUUCCUUCUGUCAAAGAAUGCCUUGAGCAGUUCAAACUUGUUCCCAAGUUGUUUGAGAGACUGAAUGAAAAAGCAAUGGACCUGAUGAUUAAGUUUGGAAAAAGAGAUGUGCCAUUGGGUGGGAUGCUUCCAUUAUCCCAAACAUCUGAAAAGCCUAGUCUGCAUUUGAGAAAACAUGAAAUAGUGACUACUGAGGAUGUUUAUCUCCUCCUCUUAAUUGGUGUAGAUUUAACAAAUCCAGACACAUCUCUGUAUCUCCAAUGGAUGGUGCAGGAUAUUAGAUUACCAUCAGCAUCUCCUGAAGUUGAUGUUGUAAAUUGCUUGGGUAGAGAGAUUGCAGAAUAUACACCAUAUGGAAAGCCCGGAAAUGUACAUGCACACGUGCUUCUCUUGUACCAACAAGAAAAGCCAUUGCCAAGUAAUAUUAGCAGUCGGAUUCAAAGGGAAGGCUUUGAACCAAAAGGUUUUAUCAAAUCUCAGGACUUGGAGCAUCCAGAUCCUGUUCUAGCUUUCUACUACCAGACUGAAUAGAAUUUAAGAGGUGUAUACAUCUUUCGUGUGGUCAUGAAGAGCAACAUAUACAUGCAGACUGCUUUGUUUUUUUCUUUUUUCCUUCAAAUGUAUAAUAAACGAUGCAAGGAAAGCUUCACUAGCUCUGUAAAAGAACCUCAUCUGGGAAAGCUUUUUAUAUGGGCUGUAAAUAGAGGUGGGUACAUAUAAUCUUGGUUUAAAAAAAAAAAGGGAUUUGGUGUUUAACCUUAAUUUCAGUUGAAUCAGUGCUAGCGAAGCCACAACUAGCAAAUUUCCAAUCGAA